ACUAUUAACUACCCACUAGCGCCCAGGGUAGUCACCCCCACUUCAAGUUGCUCCUCCCUCCCUCAGAAAAGGAUGAGAAAAACAGGAAAGAGGAAGAAGAAGUUGAUCCCACUACUGGCAGUACCCCCCUCUCCUUAAAAUCAUCCAACUACCAAAACCAAACAAACAAACCCACCUCGUAUCCCUCAUUCCAGAGUACCCUCUUUACUUCCCCAUUACCCCCACCUCGUCCUAAGCGUCAAAACCCACAAACAAAACAAAAACAACAAAAAGGAAAAACAAAAACAAUGUGCUAUGUGGGCAAAGCCACCAAGAUCUUCAUCUUCAUAGUGGCGGCACUGGUGGUUACUGGGCUCGUCUUGGGAUUCGGGCUCUUUCGGUCCGCCCUUCACAAGUCUCACAAAUGCUCCGGCGACUCCUGCAACGACCAGGCAUCACCGGCGGUUUUCCCAAAUCCCACCACCCCUUCUACCCCUACCUCCGCCAGUACUCUUACCCCCACCCCAAAUCCCAGUUCCAACCCCUACCCACCUCCGCCAGCCCCAAAUCCCGGCUCAACCCCGACUCCGCCGCCUCCUCCGCCUGAAGUUAUGCCUCCGCCUCCGCAGCCGGUGGUUGUCGCGGCAGCUCCGCCGCCCAAUUUCGGUCCUCCAAGCCCAGUGGUGACUCCAGGUCCAGUGCAAAGCUCAGUUGCUUUGACAGGCGAGGACACUUUUGAGGGGCCGAUAAUCCUACGGGUACCGACAGCUAUAAUACCGAUGGGUAUCGACGGCAUUGUGUGGCCCACUAUAGAAUGUGCAUUUUCUCUUCACAUAGCUUACGUUUGA